GGCAUCUUUAGUACGGUGGCAAUGGCACAACACAAUCACAAUAAUCUCCUUCUACUCCUCCGCCGUGCCGUGUGGUAAAACAGAAAAACGUAAAGGUGAAAAAGGAAGGACGCAGUCGCAGAGAGAGAGAGAGAGAGAGAGAGAGCGGGGCGUUACCAGUUGCCACCGACCCUCUGCUGCACCUCCACCUCCCUCCGCUCCCAAAGGCUGAGACCCUCCUUCUCCCUCGCCUUGCCUCGCCUCGCCUCGCCUCACUAUUAUUCAGGAUUCAGUAUUUUUCACUCACUCACUCACUCGCCUCGCCACCACCGCAAUCAUCGUCGGAUUUCAGAGGCACGCUUUGCUAUCCCCCAGACUCCGGGACCACUCUCUCCCUUUCUCUACACUACACUCUACUACUGCUGACCGAGCUAAACUCCCUUCUCAUUAUCACUUUCUUUCUAGGGUUUCUCUCACGUUUUGGCCUUCCCUUCCCUUUCCAGUCCCUUCAAUUCCCCCCCUCCCUCCUAAAUCCCAGUCAAUUACUUGCAGUGCAGAUACACCACCGGAAGAAUCCAUCGCCAACGCGGAUCGAAGCUUAUUUCCCAUCCCGCGCUUCCCCUGUACUGUGGCUACUGUUGUGACUAUGGCCUGUCAUCGUAAUUAAGCAAAACUUCCGAGAUCGACCGUUGCUGGUGAUUGAUGAUUGUUACUGCUCCUCCGUAUCUACCAACUAGGCCGGCAGAUCGUCAAACUCCGUCCCCGUCGAUAUGCAUUUCGCCAAGCUCGAUGACUCUCCUAUGUUCCGCAAGCAGUCCCCUGUUGCUUACCUCCCCAGCUCGCUCCUCUUUCCUAAUUCUGUAGUUGUUAUCAUCUUAUCCUUGGAGGAUAGUGCCGAGUCAUUGAGGGAACGAUGCUUGAAGUUCUACAAAGGAUGUCGAAAAUACACUGAAGGACUUGGGGAGGGAUAUGAUGGAGACAUUGCUUUUGCUAGUGCACUGGAAAGUUUUGGUGGAGGGCACAAUGAUCCCAUUAGUGUGGCUUUCGGAGGCCCUGUUAUGACCAAGUUUACCAUAGCAUUGAGAGAAAUUGGCACAUACAAGGAAGUACUUAGGUCACAGGUUGAGCACAUGCUAAAUGACAGACUACAACAGUUUGUGAAUAUCGAUUUGCAUGAGGUGAAGGAAGCGAGGAAGCGCUUUGACAAGGCGAGUCUUAUCUAUGAUCAGGCACGAGAGAAGUUUCUGGCACUGAGGAAAGGCACAAAGUCUGAUGUAGCCAGUGUCUUGGAGGAGGAGCUCUAUAAUGCUAGGUCUGCCUUCGAGAAAGCUCGCUUUAAUCUUGUAACAACCCUUUCUAAUGUUGAAGCGAAAAAGAGAUUUGAAUUUUUGGAAGCUGUCAGUGGCACGAUGGAUGCGCAUCUUCGCUACUUCAAACAGGGUUAUGAAUUAUUGCACCAAAUGGAGCCAUAUAUAAACCAGGUUUUAACUUAUGCACAACAAUCAAGAGAGAGAUCCAAUUACGAACAGGCUGCACUGAAUGAAAGGAUGCAAGACUACAAGAGGCAGGUGGAUCGUGAGAGUAGAUCGUCUUCUAACGGUUCUAAUGGAUCCCCCAAUGGUGAUGGUAUCCAAGCUAUUGGUAGAAGUUCGCAUAAAAUGAUAGAGGCAGUUAUGCAAUCUGCUGCCAGGGGAAAGGUACAAACCAUCAGACAAGGUUAUCUAUCAAAACGAUCGUCAAACCUAAGAGGAGACUGGAAAAGAAGGUUUUUUGUUCUUGAUAGCCGAGGCAUGUUGUAUUACUAUCGCAAACAGUGCAGUAAACCUUCUGGUUCGGGAAGUCAGCUUACUGGUCAGAGAAAUAGCUCUGAGCUUGGAUCUGGACUAUUGAGUCGGUGGCUUUCAUCUCACCAUCAUGGAGGAGUACACGAUGAGAAAUCGGUUGCUCAUCAUACUGUGAACCUUCUUACAUCGACAAUUAAAGUUGAUGCCGACCAGUCGGAUCUGCGAUUUUGUUUUAGGAUCAUAUCGCCAACAAAGAACUAUACUUUGCAGGCAGAGAGUGCAUUGGAUCAAAUGGAUUGGAUUGAGAAGAUAACAGGAGUUAUUGCAUCACUGCUUAGCUCUCAAGCUCCUGAGAGGGGUCUUCCUGGCAGUCCGAUGGGAAGUAGUCAUCAUCGUUCAGCAAGCGAGAGCAGUUCAUUUGAAAGUACCGAUUUUGACCACCCUGGCGUUGAUGAGUACGCAUGCGAGAGAAGCUAUUCCAGUGCACAUUUUGACAGACAGCUGAGAAGUUCACAACAACAGCAAAGAGUGUCUGUUGAGAAGCCAAUUGAUCUGUUACGAAGAGUCUGUGGAAAUGAUAAGUGUGCUGAUUGUGGUGCCCCGGAACCAGAUUGGGCAUCCCUAAAUCUUGGUAUCCUUGUUUGUAUCGAGUGUUCAGGUGUUCAUCGAAACCUUGGUGUGCACAUAUCAAAGGUGAGGUCUCUUACACUGGAUGUUAAAGUCUGGGAACCUUCUGUUUUAGGUUUGUUUCAGUCUCUAGGAAAUGCCUUUGCUAACUCUGUUUGGGAGGAGCUAUUGCAAUCAAGAAGUUGCUUCCAAGCUGAUGUCAUUUCUUCAGGCUCAUACAAAUCUACAAAACCACAACUGCUUUUCCUUGGGAAACCCAGUGCUGCUGAUUCUAUACCCGUGAAGGAGAAGUUCAUCCAUGCAAAGUACGCGGAAAAGCUUUUUGUUCGGAAGCCGCGGGAGAACCAGUAUCUUCAUCAGCAGAUGUGGGAAGCGGUUCGUGCUAACGACAAAAAGGCUUUAUACCGUCUCAUGAUUAAUAACGAAGUGGACAUCAAUAUGGUCUUUGACCAAGCCACAUUCAGCCCUUCUCUAACGCUCGCUAAAGCAAUGCUAUUGCAAGAGCAAACAGGUGUCAAUCACUGCUCUGGUUGCUCAACGGCCUCGGUGAACUCGGUUGGAACAAAUGAAGGAGGCCAGAUAGUAGUGGAUGAUGAUUUAGAUGGUUGCACAUUGCUUCACCUGGCUUGUGAGACCGCUGACAUCGGCAUGCUCGAGCUUUUACUACAGUAUGGGGCAAAUGUAAAUUCAACCGAUUCAAAAGGUCGGACGCCGCUCCAUCGCUGUGUUACCAGGAGAAGAGCAGCUUUUGCAAAAUUACUACUAGCAAGGGGGGCUGAUCCUCAGGCUGUAAAUGGGGACGGUAAAACUCCUAUGGAGCUGGCAGUAGAGACAAACUUAGUAGAGAAUGAGGUGAUUGCUCUAUUAUCCGACUCAAAUGGAUAACUUGAGUGGAUUGGGGCAAAUGGGCCAUAUUAUGAUUGUUUUAUUCUUGUAAAGCAUGUUAUUGUGGAAGCUGGCAAAGGGGGAUAGAUUAUGGUUUAGCUGUUCCCACAUGGUGAAGGAUGUUAGUGGGUACUUGAUCAUGUACGUGAGGAGUGAAUUUUGGGUGAGGAUCAUUGAUUCAUUUGCCCUAUGGAAAUGGAGCCCUCAUCCGGUUGAGUAUAGAAGUAAGUGGCUUGGCUUGUAGUAGUCUGUUUUGUAUGGGCUGGUUUUGUGAUGGUAUCGCUUUCUUUCUGUUGGGCGUAUUAGACCCUAAUCAGGUAGUCAGGUUGUUUUGUUGGUAGGGGGAGGAGGUGGGUGCAUACUGCAGUGUGUAAUUUUGGUGUACAUUAUGAUUAUUGGUACGUGUUGUAGCAAUGAAGAAGCAUGUGGUUGUGGCUGUAGUUGAUGACCAUGACCUGAUGAUGUAUAAAGAUGGAAGUUCCUCUGCUUCUGUGUUGUAUUUGUCUGUCGCUUCCUUGAGUGAUCACCAGCCAUGAAAUGCCUCUUGCUGUAGUUUCCCGUGCUUUUUCCUCUUUGGAUGCUGGCUAUGACAGCACAUUGUUGUGCUUUUUUAAGGUUGGUAUAGAGACUGGGUAUUGCAGGGGAAAGGCUGGGUCCAACCUAACAACCAACCUUGGGUAGAGGAACAAGAGCAAAGGAAGAGGGAAAAGAAAAG